AUGUUGGAGCACGAACUAAAUGACAGAGCAGCAGAUUGGCAAGACGCGGGGCCCAUGGGCGAGGCGGAGGUGCGUUUCCUGACUGCGGAGGGCAACACCGUGUCUACACGUCCGUUGGCACCAGCGGCCGGCCAGCAGCUUAAGGCUUGGAGCAUCGAGCAGGUGUGGCAGGCGGUGCUGGGCGAGCCCCUUGAGCCUCGACCGAGUCGGUCGGUUUCGGAGACGGUGGAGACGGGAGCUGGCGACGGAAUCUGGGCGCAAGCGAUCGCAGAGGUGUGGGAGGACCUGGGACGUCAACCUGGUUGCGGCUACAUGCAGGACAUGUGCAUCAGUGCCGAGGCGGUGGACGUUUUGGGAGCCUGGAUGCGGAACUGGUUGGAGUCGGUGCUCGGAGAGGCCACCAGGCUGGCGCGAUACCGGCUAUCAACGGCAAGGGCAUCGAAGGCUGGAAUUGUUCAGGAUCACAGCUGCAGACAUCCAGUUGGCAGUCAGGAUACGGCUUCAACAAGGUCUGGAUGGCGCGCACUUCGCUGA